GCGCGCGGCGUCUGAAGUUGUGUUUGUCUCUUGGCAGCACCUUCAGUAGGAGCUUAUCAACAUGGCGCCUCGGUUUUUUAACGUCGUUGCUGCACUCUGCUGCUUGCUCGUGGGAACGGUGACCGCAUGCGGUUCUCCGGGUACAACUUCCUCAAGCACCAGUUUCAACUGUCAUGGAGAUGCUGAGAUCAGUAGCACAGCGUCGCAAGCGGCAACGUCUCCGGCUCCGACCAGAGAGCCAACGACUCAAGGACCGCUGCCAUGGCACGAUGGCAAUAGCAGAAGCAGUCGGUGCAGCCCGGAACUCGCCUACCUUUGCUACCAUGAGUUGUCCAUGAAGUUUGUCAUCGACCGCUGGAUUCCUCAACCAAGCGAGAGCGAUGAGCUUUUCCUGCCCUUCUGCCUUACGCCCGAGGAGUUCCCGCUCCACCCUCAGUGCAAAUUCUUCUACUCGGGCUGUUUCGAAAGUGAAAAGCGACAGUUCCGUCUGCACGAACAGGGCUACGACUUUCUUCAGUUCAUGAGCACCAAGCUUGAUAUUUGCAUCUCUCCCGGGUUCCUCCACCAAUGUCUUGACGCCUCUGUCUUGAGAAAUUGUGCUCUCAAGAGGCCCCGUGCGGCUCAGCAUCUGCGCGACUUCAGAAAAGAAAGCUUUGCGCUGGUCGAGGAAUUCAGCGCGUGCAUAAACAGGGCACUGGAGAAGUGCGACAAUGCUACUGAUGCCGAGAAUCUCGACAUAGUCAAGUUGGUGUUGACUGCCACCAGCAACCUCAACUGGUUCGACGAGGACGCAGAGCCCGAGCUGACCACGCCCGUACCCACAACUUCGCAAUCCACCGAGGUGCCUUCGACGACCAAGUAUACCGAGGCCAGCACUGAGGUCACGACUGUGAACACAACGCCCCAGGAUCAGACGUCAACGUCGUCUGCGACAACAGUGGAAGCCUUUACGGCGACUACACAAACGCCAGCGGCUACACAAGCGCCUCACAGUAGCGCACCCACUACGAAAGCACUGGGAGUCCUUGUUUUGGUCGCACUUGUUUUGCUCAUGAUUUGAGCUGAAGGUGCUUAGAAAUUUUAGGAAUGUCAUCGAGUGCACGCGCGAUCCGCAAUUGUGAUCAGCGAGAAAGAGGAGGACACUUUCGUUUACACCAGUGCGGUCUUGUGGAGAAACUACAGGGCUCGGUUUACUUGAAAGUGUAAUUUUGAGAACUACAAUUUGGGGCUUGGGAUGGUCGUCAUCAUCAGUGUGUGUUCUAGACGUAUUCUCUCGGCAAAAGUUGACAUGCUUGGUUGCAUGGUUUGAACGUUAUAAUUAUCAGUGCUUCUAUUUAGUAGCUAUUUUAACUUGUGCAGCCGACGAUACACUAAGUGUUCUGCUUGUCGCGAGCGUUCUGACAAUUGAUACGUUCCGGCGUACAAAUGUAUGCUUGUCAACGAUAACCUAAACACUCCUGGUAGUGAUUUCCAGGAGUUUUGUUUAAUGCUGCUGUAAUGACACUAAUCAUUCGUUAGACGCAAUAAAUAAGUAUGAGCUAGUAACAAAGUAGGGAAACGCUGUUAUAGCAAUAUUCUAUAGGGUCCUCUGCGAAGGGGACAGUGUUCCUGGCCGCAGGUAUUCUACAUGCAGUGAAAACCGGAUCCGAGCUUAACAGGAUGUGCUCGGGGUGCGAAAGUGACGAUAUGUCAAUUACCGUAUACCUGGAUACUGUAAUGUGCCAGAUGGACUGCCAAUUUACUUAAUGAAAUGUUUCUUUUACAUCCAAAUAAAGGAAGAAGA